UCCUUCAUCAAAUUAAACCCUCCGAUCCUUUGCAUUCUCACCUAUACCGAGCUAUACAUAUAUAAAGCCUUAAUUAUUAAGUUUUGAAAACAUAAUAUAAUCAUGGCUCAACUCAUGCAUUUCCUCGUCGUCGCCGCCGUGUUUUGUAUUCUUGCAAUUUCGUGCGAUUGCUUCAAUCCUAAAGUGUUUAAUAUCUCAAAACCCAAAUCUGAAUUAACCUCAGCUGUUUGGUCUGCCGCCAGCGCAACAUGUGGUCAAAGUUAAUCAAUUUUGAUUGUAAAAAAUAAAACUAAACAAAUGCUCAAAGACACAAUUAGUUGAAAAGGAGAAUAUAUUUUUGUGAUGGACAAAAAUGGAAAGAAAUACUCCCUCUGUCUCAAAAAGAUUUACACGUUUCAAAAAAAUUGUGUCCCACAAUCCCUUACCCAUUUCUAUUAAAAAACCACUUUUACCCCUUACUUUUUCAAACCCUACCUAUCACAUCAUACCUUUUUCCUAAUAAUCUACACAUCACAUCCUACUUUUACCCAUCACAUCAAGGGUAUUUUUGGAAAGUCAACACAAAAUUAUCCCUCCCUUAAUUUCAACUUUAGUCAAAAUGGGUAACACUUUAUGGGACGGAGGGAGUAUUUUUCUUGUUUUAAAGAUCUUUUGAUGUAAAUUUUAAAUAAUAUAUUUAAAUAAUAUAAACAGGAAGUAUCUUUUAUGGAGUAAUAAAUUUUACACAAUUAUUAAAAUAAAUAAAUAAAAAUUAUAAAAACUUUGGUCAAACAUUAGAGACUAAAAUGUCAAAUCUGGUUGCAUGCGCAUAUCCGAAGGGAGUAGAGCUGAAAUUUGGGGUGGACAGUGGUUCCAGCGCAUACUACCUGGCUGUAUUGAUCGAAUACGUGAGUGGAGACGGAGAGCUUAGCGGUGUUCAACUCAAACAAGGCGGUUCUGGGAACAGCAGCAGCACUUGGGUAAGCAUGACGAGAUCAUGGGGUGCUGUCUGGAAGAUCGACUGCCCUGCCCCUGGCCUCGUUGCACCAAUCACUCUCAAACUCAUUGACGCCUCUGGGAAGUACCUCAUCGCCCCCAAUGUCAUUCCUACUGGUUGGAAAGCUGGACAAACCUAUCGAUCUGCAACUACUGCUUUUGUAUCUCCUUAAUUAAAAUAUUAAUUAAAUUAUUUAAAAAUACUCCAUCCUAGCCAGCCAGCCAGCCUGCAAGUCAAGCAAUAAUCAUAUCCUUGUAGUAAGGAUAUAUGUAUAAUGUAAUCCUAUUUCGUAUACUGCCAUGACACAAUUAAUAAUCUGAACUGACGUUG